AUGAAACUUUGUGAGAAGCUGUGUUUUGUUGUAGCAAUGUCUGUUAUUCUUACUACCAUGUGUUUCGCUAUUAUCAGACCGGCACUUGUGUUAUACAGCUUCUCUUCUCUUUUCAUCCUUUUAUACCUCCUGAGAGUUUACAACUACUGGAAAAAUAAAUACUUAUUGUUUAUGUUGGACCCAUGCUACUUUAUCAACUUUGUGUCAUUGAUCUUCAUCUGGUUAUUGCCGCAAUCGCACGCCAUGCAGUUGUUCCACUUUGGUCUUGCCAAUUCUCUAGCUUUCGGUGGGGCGUUUCUGUUCCGUAACACCCUUGCUCUGCACGACAUUCAAAGACUUACUUCGUGUUUUAUACACGUCUUGCCUGCCCUUUUCUCAUUCUUAAUUCGGUGGCAUCCAUCGGAAACAUCAGUUUGGUGGUAUACCAACUUAUAUGAUUCCCAUGCUUCUCUAGAAUUGUUGUCCUGGAAUAAAAAUAUCGACUGGUUCUGGCUUGUUGCAGCUCCUACUUUAUUCCAUUUCGUACGUGAGAUGCUAUAUUAUACUAUAAUUUAUGGAAUUGUCAAACCCAGUGAUGAUUAUUUAGAUAGUUUCCGAUAUUUACAUAAAAAGAAAAUUCUAUGGCGUUUCUUCUGGAAAUAUAUUGGUGAUCGAUGGCAUUUGAUUAGUUGGAUAGCUUGCAGUAUCAUACUGUCUACAAUUCUCCUAUUAGUUGCUGUCGUUGCAUGGUGCAAUUAUCUAUUCCAUGCAUCUAUGUUAAUUAUUCAAACAUUAACGCUAAUAUGGAAUGGUGCAUGUUUUUAUUUAGAUUAUUUCCCCAUUGAAUAUACACGUAAUUUACGAAUAGAACCAGAACAAGGUAUGAUUACUGUAACUAAAAAUGAAAAUCACAUUGAUAAGAAUAAUGAUAUAGAAAUAGUUAAUGAACGUAUAAUAAACGAUGAUGUUUAUAACAACAUAGCUGCCAGUGUAUUUUCAUGUUAUCCAACACCAGAUGAAUCAAACUCGAGAGUUUAUGAAGAUGGGCAUAUAACAGUUGAUGAACAAAAGGGAUUGAAAUAUGAAAGUAAUACUUCUCAUUAAAAGAUAACCAUGAUUUCUGUAUGAUAUAUAUAUUCACAUGAUUAUUAGUCAUAAAAGUUUAUUCAAAUCAUUUCUUACACAAUCAAACUGCAAAGCUAAUUCAAUUUCUUAUUACAAUACUGUUUCACCGGUCUUUUUAUGCAUAGAAAAACAGUCAGGACUUUGUAACAUUACGAGCAUCAACGCUAAUGUAUUUUUAGACAGUCUCAUUUGAAUGGACAUUUAUAAUCAACAAUUCAAUAAAAGAAUAUUUAUAACGAAUUAUCAUUUCAAAUAUAUUAACCCGACCCUGUAUAAUUCCGUACAUUUAUCAUCCGGUAUCAAAUCAUGUAUAGAUUUUUCAUUAUUUUAAACUGUUAAGUUAGUGAAAAACUGUAUAGUCUCGUUGAUUUCUUAUUUCAUCAUCAUCAUUUCCUUCAUUAUUUACAUUAAUUCAUUUCACUCUAUAAUUUUGAUUUUUAUUGUACGAUAAAUAUUUUUUGAAUUUAUUUCUUAGGAAUCAUGAAUUCUGUGUACUUCAUAUGUUUAAAGCAAUUAGUUCCUUUUACAAAUUUCUUUAGAGUAACAUUUUUUUUCAGAAAAAUUUCUUCUCAUUGUACUUCAUGUGUAUUAAAUUUUAUUCUUAAAAAAAAGAAAUCAACCGUCAAAAAGAUUGUUUUUAUUUAUUUAUUUUUAAAUAGAUGUUUCCAGUCAUUAUGAAUGUAUUGUUUACUUCAAUGUACUUCGUAAUGAAGUAGUAAUUUAUGAAUGUUCACAUUUUGUUUCUGUAUAUUGAGUUCCAUAUUUUUAAGGUAGUUGAUUAAUGCACCCUGAUAUAAGUUAUAGUUUAAUUGGACUGUACAAACCUGUAAUCAUCACGCUAUAAAUUUUCCCCUAUAGCCUAGUGUAUACAAUCUUAUUAUGUAUGUGUUGUUCAUUUAUUUCACGUAUCAUUUAGUAAUCAAUUGGAAAAUUACACUCACACACAAAAUGAAUUUUGUUUUGUUAUUUGAAUAUCCAGAAAAAGCUGGAGGAAAAAAUUCGUUUCAAUCAUCAGAUGAAUGGUCAAUACUCCUUGAUCUUUUCCUACACUUAUCAAUUAUUUAAGAUAAAUACACUAAAUUUUGUAAAUAAAUUAAUUUACAUUUGAUAUCUCUGUCUAUGAAGUAUGAUUAGACUGUAAGUUUAUUCAAAUUAAUUAAUAUAACUAAUAAAUUAUGCUGAUAUAUAUUAAUCAGUUUGACAAUUGGCAUAUUUGUAUUAUAUAUGUAUGUUAAUUUUCAAUUUACAUUUUACAGUUACAUCUAAAUUAGUCCAUUAAUCAUUAAAGGAUAAAUAAAUGUUGUUAAUGAGUCUUAUUUGACGUAGUUGAAUUCCAUUACAUUUUUAUUUGUUGUUUUAUUUAACUAUUAAAAAAAACCUCCUCUAUAUGUUACAUACCUAGAUUAACUGGGAUUUUUAUAUGUGAUACAUAUUUUUCUAUGUAUGUGAGUAUAAAGAAAAAAGUGUGUCAAAUUAGCAAUAUUGAAAUUAUAAUGUGUAUUUUGAAACUGGAUAUUAGCUGUUCAAAAUUUUACGAAUUCCCAAUAUUUUAAUAAUUAAUUUAGGAGCAUAUUAUUCAAUUAGAUUUUUCUCUUUUGUCAUUUGUCAUCUAAGUUUAUUGUUAUUUGAAAGUGAUUUUUAUCAUGAGUUGUUGAAUCGCUAAAUGUUGGAGAAUAGUGAAUAAAUGUUUUUUCUAGCUUAGGAAUCGUCAAUAGGGCAACGAAUAACAUACAGUUGAACUACUGGGUCGAUUACCAAUCGUGCAAAUUUUCUAAGAUUCUACUAGUAAUAUCGAUUUGUGAUGAAAAUUAAUUUUCUAAAUGUAAAACGUUUCCACAACAUCAUCUACCCAAUUAUAAUUGUGUUCAUUCCUGAGUAACUUUCAGAUAGAUUUCUUGAAAUCUUAGUAGAACAUCAUGACUUAUAAAGUUACUGUUAUAUCCGAGCGAAGAUUAAAUCACGAGUAACUUCUGAGAUAUAUUAAUUGACUAAUAUUAUCUAUACAUUUUUAUCGUAUAACUAUUCAAUAAUUAGAUUAUGUAUAUUUACAUUCCUCUUAUUAUAAGCUUUAUUUCGACCUAUAAUUUAUUAUUGUAUGAUUUACUGUUCUUAAGCUAUGUUCAGUUUAUUGACUACUGCCUCCCACGUUCACAGCCAUUUUUUGGCUUUAUUGUGUACAAAUGUUAUUUCCUAUUUUAUGGUUGAUUGAUAUAUAAACCCAGUAUUUUUGAAAUAUAUGAUUCGCAUAGUG